GCCCCCGGCCCGCGGGCGCCAUGAACGGGACGGUGAUCCCCGGGACGCCCAUCGCCGUGGACUUCUGGAGCGUGCGGAAGGCGGGCAGUGCCCGCCUGUUCUUCCUGUCGCACAUGCACUCGGACCACACGGUGGGGCUGACCAGCACCUGGUGCCGCCCGCUGUACUGCUCGCCGCUCACCGCCCGCCUUCUGCACCGCCGGCUACAGGUGCCCAUGUGCUGGAUCCGGCCGCUGGAGGUGGGACAGAGCCACGUGCUGGGCGAGGAGGUGACCGUGACAGUGACGCUGCUCGACUCCAACCACUGCCCCGGCUCCGUCAUGUUCCUCUUUGAGGGCGCGUUCGGCACUAUCCUCUACACAGGGGAUUUCCGCUACAGCAGCAGCAUGCAGGGCGAGCCGGCGCUGCGGGGCCGCCACAUCGACCGGCUCUACCUGGACAACACGCACUGCCACCCGGAGCAGGCCCUGCCCUCGCGGCAGCUCGCCACACGCCAGGCCGCGCACCUCAUCCGCACGCACCCGCAGCACCACGUCGUCAUCGGUGUUUACAGCCUGGGGAAGGAGACGCUGCUGGUGGACCUGGCCAUGGAGUUCAGUACCUGGGUGGUGGUGAGUCCCUGGCGCCUGGAGCAGAUGCGGCUGCUGGAGCUGCCCGACGUGUUCACCAGCGAGGAGGGAGCCGGCUGGAUCCGUGCUGUGGACGUUGCCGAGAUCCGCUGGGAUACCCUCGUCACCUGGAACACGCUGCACCCCACCAUUGCCAUCCUCCCGACCGGCAGGCCUGUGAAGGUCACCCACCCCAAAAUCCACACCAUUCCGUACUCUGAUCACUCAUCCUUUCUGGAGCUGUGCGAGUUUGUGAAGUGGCUGAAACCUUGCUCGGUAAUCCCAAUUGUGAAGGGUGGCACGUGCCAGACUUACUUUCAGAAAUACCUCAGUUCUGCCCCCCAGGCGCUUCCUGACUUCCAAAUCCCAAAGCCUGUGCAAGAGUCUGUGCAGCAGGAGAACAAAAGGAAGGCGCUGGAACCCCUACAUCUCUUGAGAAGAGCUGCCCACCAUUCUGUGCCCCGAGGAGUUGUUUAUGAGUCCCCAGAGGAAUCCACUGAGAAUUCUGAAGAGCUCACCGGUGUUAGGGUUCCUCAGCAGAACUGCUGCGAGUCGGCUUUCUGCUCAAAAGAAGGUCACACUUGUUGUCACACGGACAAGGAGAAAGGGCAGGAAGCGCUGAGUGGAGAACAGCCAGGAGCAGCGAGUGCUGUUAGCCAAGCGCCUGCUCCUGAUGAGCACUUUCCAACUGGAUUUGCAGAGCAGUAUUUACUCACUCCCUUAAAUGUCCUAAAGCAGAACUCCUCACAGAAAUUUGACAAGCUGGUCGAAGAUUUCUUUAGGAAGGGGGAAACAUCCUAAAAAAUUGUGAGACACUUGCCAGUGCCAAUGAGGUUGAUAGCAGCGAUUCUGGAGGUUCUGCUGCUGCAUCUCUCUACUCUAGUUUCCCAUCAGGAGAGAGGAGCUUAGAUGCAGGGCUCUGCUUUCUCUACCUCUUUUUAGAGGAUAAGAAGGAAACUAGAACUAGUUUGUAGGCAUUAGACUUUUUAAAUUAUUCUUUAUUUAUUUUUAUAUCUCUGUUUACAUCUGUUGGGUGUCCACGCCACACUCGGGCACUGUGGUCCCACUGCUCGUGUGCCUGGUACGCACUUUUUGCAGUGACUUACCUGUCUUUUGUGACACAGAUUCAAGGCGAGCUGCAGAGGGCGUGAGCUGCCUGCAGCUGAGGUCAUUGAUGGGGUUGGAAUGUGAGAAAGGAGCAGGCAGGACAAAAUCUGAGAGCCCCAAAGAUUCUUCUUUCUAUGUCUGAAAUGCCUCAUUGACAAUGUGUGGUUCAUUCCAAGAUGUGUUACAAAUAUUACAUACUGUUAUAUUUUUAAAUGGCGCUUAAUGAAAUCUAGAAAACAAAGUGCCUCUAAAUCUAUUGAUCUAUUUUUUUAUCUAUUAAUCUACAAAUAUCUCCAGGCAGCGCUGCUUUUGUAUCCAGCCACCUGCAGCUGGAUGCUGUUCUGCUCUCCUGAAAGCACCUAAUGUUAACUGUCAAUGCUUUUUCAGGUUAUUGGCUGGAAAAAAUACGAAUUGUCUGGUUUCUUGAGUUCUGGACUUUCUGAAAUGGGUUCCUAGGAUCCUCUGCAGUCUCUGCACUCAAGUCUGCACAUUGGAAUUCUGCUUGAUUGCAGAGCGCUUCUGGGAACAGCCAGUUGUGCUGGGGCCACUGCCUUCCCAUCCACUGCCCUCCCGUCCACGUUGCCUCUUCUGGUCACAUAACAGCAAAUGGGGAAGAUGGUGAAACAUCUGCUCUGUGGUGGAAGGUUCUCAGUGUUAGCAGCACUGUUUGGCAGGAGUACUGUGGCUGAACAGCAAAACUGGCUCUGUUGGUUACAGGUCAAGCACUUUCCCGCUCAACUGCAGGGAGCCAGAGCCCGGUGCAGUCAGGAAGCGUCGCUGGUGUGAUCAGCAGCCACCGUGGAGCCUGGAAACGCUGUGGUUUUCUGUGCCAAACUGCAUUAGCAACACUACAGAUUGUCUCUCUGUGGGGUCAGGGCAGCAACACCAGAGCAGAAAUGGUCACUAAGUGCUUUUCUGGAGCUACAAACCAGCCUGUUCUUCACCUUUGUCCAGCCUCCUUUUUGUUACCCUCAACAGAAAGUGUUUCAUAUGAUCUCGGUCAAUAUCAGAGUAUCUUCUGAAUGUGGUGUCCUGCAAGGUCUCUCCAAGAGGAGUCAGCUCCAUGGACUGAAUUCCCUGUGUCAAACCAGAAAAGGAAAUGUUUGCUCUUGGAGUGAAUCUAGAGCUCAUGGACAGCUGGUCUGUGUGCUCCUGUUCCUCGGAGGUUUCUGUACGGAUUAUUUGCUUAUCAAAACUCAACUGCAAAAGCCCCAUCAGGUCAGCGCUGAGUGGAGACACCCGCAUCUUUUGUAACAUGGGAGACUGCCAGGGAAGUAAUUGCGCUGUGCUUGUGUAGUGUUUUGUCUGCUGCUGGCUGCCUUGGAGAUGCAGGCUGUUAUUUGAAUAUUGUUGACAUUUCAGUGACUCAUUUGACAGGCAGGUGAGUGAAGCGCUGCCUGAAAUCCCCUGUUCCCAUCCUGCUCUCCCCUGCUCAGGAGGAAUGCUGCCUUUGAGUCACUGCUCCAUUUAGGUCUGUUGCAAAUGACCUCGGAGAUCUGAUGGUUUCACUGCUGAUGUUUUGUGGCAUCCAGCCUUUCCUCCUUUAUUCUUAUCAAGCAUUCUUAUCAAUCAUUUAUUUAUUCAAGUAAAGGAAGUAAAGAACCUCCUGGCGAACCUCUGGGCAAAACAGAGCUGUAAAUGUUAAUUCUUUACAGACGCAACGCUGAUCACACAAAAGAGUGAAAAUUGCAGAGACUUCAGAAGCUGGGGAUCUGCACCCUGUUUCCAAACACUUACUCAAGACUGCACAAGAACUUCUGGCUUUUGUUACUACAGCUUAAAACAUAAUUCCUGCCACUUCUGAAAUAAAUUAUCCACAUUAUGCAGAGCCAAGGAAACCUAAAAUCUCUCAGUGUUUAAAAGGCUACAGAAGCAGGAGAGACUCGACCAACAGUGAGCAUGUUGGAGACCCUUGCCUCAGCACAGCGGGUGCGUGAGGUAUUUCAGUGCCACUUGUUUCCUCCUUCUCUUUGGUGUUAAAAUACUACUUUUGUGCGUUGUCCCAAAAUCCUGGAAAACGAAAUGUGGCCUUAUAGGGAAAACUGGCAGUAGAGUGUUGCUGAGGGGAGUGUUAGCAGUGCUGAGAGCUGGAUUGUCGAACACCAGGGUCUGAACGUGCUGCUGUGCAUGGCUCCGUCAACACUGCUACCACAGCGGUGUUUUGCUCACAACGGUGACAAGGAGGAGCUGUAGCCAAGUAUUAGCUUGACUGGGUGGUAUCGAAGGGCCACACGCUUGGAAAUUUACAGUCACCCUGGCAGGGGGAAAAAAAAAAAGGUGCUCAGACCAAAGCCUUCCCAAAUCUACACACGCAGAGCACGCCUGAGCUGCUUAUCUCUGUUCCGCAGUUGGGAACCGAGUCCCAGUGGGAUCAAACAACUCACCCAAGGCCUUACCGAGGAGCUGGGAAGGAGCACAGUUCCUCUUGGCAAGACUUGAGCUCUGUUUUAACCAGCCGGAUCAAGCGCUGCCGUGUGAGGAGGGCAGGGCUGGCUCACGGUGCUGCCCCUCAGCCCCUUCCACACACUGGCCUGGCAAAGUCCAAGCACAAGACUGUGAAACCAUUUAGUUGGCUCCAGCUUCUCUAAAACCACGUAGAAAACCAUGAAGCACAAGUUACUUGUAGGAUUUUACACAAAAGCGCAAUACGGUCCCAUUCAGACUUCUCUGGGCGCAGCUUGUUGUCUUAAUAUCCAUUUUAAUGUUAUUUAGUGCCCCAAAUCAUGGCUGCAGUGAGAGUUGCCCAGCACUCUCUCAUGGAAAAAGUUGCACUUAAGUUUCUGCAAAGCAGAAAUACCCUAAGGUACUUUGAUUUAUUACUUUUUUAAAUUGUUAUUGCAUGUUAUGUUUUCCCACUGAUCAUCUCCAUCUGGAGGCAAACUACCAGUCUUGAUUCUUUAUGUUUGUUAAACGGUACAAGUCUGUGCUUGUUGUGCUGCUGUUCGAGUAAAUAAGAAGUUGUGAAAGCUGAGAGUGUUUGUAAACAUUGUAAAGCACUGUAAGCUUUUGAAAGAAAACCAAGAAACGUC